ACCCUAAUACACAUCGCACACACACACUUGUUGGGCGACCAGCUCGGAUCACUUAGGUGCUUCAAGCUCCCCGCGGGCAACCAGAGGGCCAGACCACGGACAUAUGUACACGCAUACAUACAUCCGUACAUAUAUGCACACAGACAUACCUCCCGCACACCAGCGCCCACUGGGGCACCGUCACUAGCACAUAAUCCGCUUCAGCGUCUGCACGCUCAGCAGCACGGACACACAACCCUUGGCCACAACAGAGCGACAGAACAUAACCGGGUGUGACAUUCGGCGACAUGGACACACAAACACAAUCCCGUGCCCUCAUGUACGAGUGUCACAGCCACAGUUCGCCAAACGAACACUCAAAACCUAGCCUCUCACAUACAUAUUCCUUUAAGGAACACACCCUACCAUAAAAUAUGUUACGCACUCCUUGGCCAGAACAUAGAUAACAACACAGGUCUCGCUUGCCCCCCUCAACUGUACCCACAUAAACACACAAGCCUAGUGUCUCAGCACACGCCUUGACGGCACACACCCUAACACAGAAAGUAGAACCUACAGCGGCGCCUCACGGGCACAAACACAGAAUCUACUGCUUCACACAUCUUAACACUGGGUGUCACACACACCUUACACCAACAGUGUCACAUUACACCUGCAGCCCAUACACACAAAUACACACUCAGUCCCUCUCCCUCCGAGGCCAGAUUCCGGCCUGGGAAGCCGCUGGGCGGUCCGGCAAGCCCCCCGUGCCCCUUCAUCUUAAUCACGACAUUGUUAUUGUAAAUAUCAGCACAGCGGGAACCCUGGGGGCUGGCUGGACCGGCUUCCCUGCCUGCGUCUCCCCCACCCCCACUCCGCGGCCAGCCCUGGCCGGGUAUUCCCGGAACAGGCUGGACUGGCAGGCCGCGCCACCCCGGCUCCCUUGGGCUUCAGGGCCCCAGGUCCCUUUGCAGAGGGUGCAAGUCUGCAGCGGUAUUUGCGACCCUCCUCGGGCCUUUUAGCUGCGUUCUGCGAGCCACCUGGGUCCCCAGCACACCUGGGUCCCGCACACCUGUGUCCCUCUCACACCUGGACGCCCCCUCCGCCGGGUGCCGGCUACAGGCCAGAGUCGUGUGCGCGGGCAAGGCCCUGCGGCCCGAAGGGAGAUCGCUGCACGCGCUGGAGCAAAAUUGCCCUCCUGAUUCUAGAGCCUGCCAGGAUGGGGCCCCUGAGGCCUAGCCCAGGCCCUGGGCGGCAACGGUUGCUGCUGCCUCCCUUGUUACUUACACUGCUGCUUCUGCUGGCCGCAUCCCCAGGCCAUGCCACUCGGGUGGUGUACAAGGUGCUGGAGGAACAGCCACCCAACACCCUCAUUGGGAGCCUCGCAGCUGACUACGGUUUUCCAGAUAUGGGCCACCUGUACAAACUAGAGGUAGGCGCCCCGUACCUGCGGGUGGAUGGCAAGACGGGAGACAUCUUCACCACGGAGACCUCUAUCGACCGCGAGGGGCUCCGUGAAUGCCAGAACCAGCUCCCCGGUGAGCCCUGCAUCCUGGAGUUUGAGGUGUCUAUUACAGACCUCGUGCAGAAUGGCAGUCCCCGGCUGUUAGAGGGCCAGAUAGAGGUACAGGACAUCAAUGACAACACGCCCAACUUCGCCUCGCCAGUCAUCACGUUACCCAUCCCUGAGAACACCAACAUCGGCUCACUCUUCCCCAUCCCGGUGGCUUCUGACCGUGAUGCUGGCCCCAACGGUGUGGCGUCCUAUGAGCUGCAGGCCGGGCCCGAGGCCCAGGAGCUAUUUGGGCUUCAGGUGGCAGAGGACCAGGAGGGGAAGCAGCCACAGCUCAUCGUGAUGGGCAACCUGGACCGGGAGCGCUGGGAUUCCUAUGACCUCACCAUCAAGGUGCAGGAUGGUGGCAGCCCCCCACGUGCCAGCAGUGCCCUGCUUCGAGUCACUGUGCUUGACACCAAUGACAACGCCCCCAAGUUCGAGCGGCCCUCCUAUGAGGCUGAGCUGUCUGAGAACAGCCCCAUAGGCCACUCAGUCAUCCAGGUGAAAGCCAAUGACUCUGACCAAGGUGCCAAUGCAGAGAUUGAUUACACAUUCCACCAGGCGCCUGAAGUGGUGAGGCGUCUUCUGCGACUGGACAGGAACACUGGACUUAUUACUGUCCAGGGCCCCGUGGAUCGUGAAGAUGUAAGUACCCUGCGCUUCUCAGUGCUCGCCAAGGACCGAGGCACCAACCCCAAGAGUGCCCGCGCCCAAGUGGUGGUGACUGUGAAGGACAUGAACGACAAUGCCCCCACCAUUGAGAUCCGGGGCAUAGGGUUGGUGACCCAUCAAGACGGGAUGGCGAACAUCUCAGAAGAUGUGGCAGAGGAGACAGCUGUAGCCCUGGUACAGGUAUCUGACCGAGAUGAGGGAGAGAAUGCAGCUGUCACCUGUGUGGUGGCAGGUGACGUGCCCUUCCAGCUACGCCAGGCCAGUGAGACGGGAAGUGACAGCAAAAAGAAGUACUUCCUGCAGACCACCACCCCACUUGACUACGAGAAGGUCAAAGACUACACCAUAGAGAUUGUGGCCGUGGACUCUGGCAACCCCCCACUCUCUAGUACCAACUCCCUCAAGGUACAGGUGGUAGACGUCAAUGACAAUGCACCUGUCUUCACCCAGAGCGUCACUGAGGUUGCCUUCCCAGAAAACAACAAGCCAGGUGAAGUGGUCACCGAAGUCACUGCCAGUGAUGCUGACUCGGGCUCUAAUGCUGAGCUGGUUUACUCUCUGGAGCCUGAGCCAGCCGCCAAGGGCCUCUUCACCAUCUCACCUGAGACUGGAGAGAUCCGGGUGAAGACAUCCCUUGAUCGGGAACAGCGGGACAGUUAUGAGUUAAAGGUGGUGGCAGCCGACCGGGGCAGCCCCAGCCUGCAGGGCACAGCCACCGUCCUCGUCAACGUGCUGGACUGCAAUGACAAUGACCCCAAGUUUAUGCUGAGUGGCUACAACUUCUCAGUGAUGGAGAACAUGCCGGCACUGAGUCCAGUGGGCAUGGUGACCGUCAUUGAUGGGGAUAAGGGGGAGAAUGCCCGGGUACAGCUCACAGUGGAGCAGGACAAUGGUGACUUUGUUAUUCAGAAUGGCACGGGCACGAUUCUCUCCAGCCUGAGCUUUGAUCGGGAACAGCAAAGCACCUAUACAUUCCAGCUGAAGGCGGUGGAUGGCGGUGUCCCACCUCGCUCAGCUUAUGUUGGUGUCACCAUCAACGUGCUGGAUGAGAAUGACAAUGCGCCUUUUAUCACCGCCCCUUCCAACACCUCCCACCGGCUGUUGACCCCCCAGACCCGUCUUGGUGAGACGGUCAGCCAGGUGACAGCUGAGGACAUUGACUCUGGUGUCAAUGCUGAGUUGACCUAUAGCAUUGCUGGUGGCAACCCUUACGGACUCUUCCAGAUCGGGUCACAUUCAGGUGCCAUCACCCUCGAGAAGGAGAUUGAGCGGCGCCACCACGGUCUGCACCGCCUAGUGGUAAAGGUCAGUGACCGUGGCAAGCCCCCACGCUAUGGCACAGCCUUGGUCCACCUUUAUGUCAACGAGACCCUGGCCAACCGCACCCUGCUAGAGACCCUGCUGGGCCACAGCCUGGACACGCCACUGGACAUCGACAUUGCUGGGGAUCCGGAAUACGAGCGCUCCAAGCAGCGUGGCAACAUCCUCUUUGGUGUGGUGGCUGGUGUCGUGGCUGUGGCCUUGCUCAUUGCCCUGGCAGUGCUCGUGCGCUACUGCCGGCAGCGGGAAGCCAAGAGCGGCUACCAGGCCGGUAAGAAGGAGACCAAGGACCUGUAUGCCCCCAAGCCCAGCAGCAAAGCCUCCAAGGGAAACAAAAGCAAGGGCAAGAAGAGCAAGUCCCCAAAGCCUGUGAAGCCAGUGGAAGAUGAGGACGAGGCCGGGCUGCAGAAAUCUCUCAAGUUCAACCUGAUGAGCGAUGCCCCUGGGGACAGCCCCCGCAUCCACCUGCCCCUCAACUAUCCACCGGGCAGCCCUGACCUGGGCCGCCACUACCGCUCUAACUCCCCACUGCCUUCCAUCCAGCUGCAGCCCCAGUCACCCUCGGCCUCCAAGAAGCACCAGGUGGUGCAGGACCUGCCACCCGCAAACACAUUCGUGGGCACAGGUGACACCACGUCCACAGGCUCUGAGCAGUACUCCGACUACAGCUACCGCACCAACCCCCCCAAAUACCCCAGCAAGCAGUUACCUCACCGCCGCGUCACAUUCUCCGCCACCAGUCAGGCCCAGGAGCUGCAGGACCCGUCCCAGCACAGUUACUAUGACAGUGGCCUGGAGGAGUCUGAGACGCCGUCCAGCAAGUCGUCCUCGGGACCCCGGCUCGGCCCCCUGGCCCUGCCUGAGGACCACUACGAGCGCACGACGCCCGAUGGCAGCAUAGGAGAGAUGGAGCACCCUGAGAACGACCUGCGCCCUUUGCCUGAUGUUGCCAUGACAGGCACAUGUACCCAGGAGUGCAGCGAGUUUGGCCACUCCGACACGUGCUGGAUGCCUGGCCAGUCAUCUCCCAGCCGCCGGACCAAGAGCAGCGCCCUCAAACUCUCCACCUUCGUGCCUUACCAGGACCGAGGAGGGCAGGAGCCUGUGGGCGCCGGCAGCCCCAGCCCCCCGGAAGACCGGAACACCAAAACGGCCCCCGUGCGCCUCCUGCCCUCCUACAGUGCCUUCUCCCACAGUAGCCAUGAUUCCUGCAAGGACUCGGCCACCUUGGAGGAAAUCCCCCUGACCCAGACCUCGGACUUCCCACCUGCAGCCACACCGGCAUCUGCCCAGACAGCCAAGCGCGAGAUCUACCUGUGAGCCCCCUUCUGGCCUGUGGCCAUGCCCCUCCCCCAGCCACUGGCCAGCUCCCAGAUGGGCCCAUUCCAGGGCCCUGCUCCUGACCCCUCCAGCGUGGACUUCCUGGCCAGGGCCCUACGUGGGGGUGAGUACUGGCCUCAUGACCACGCAGGCCCUUCCCCCAUGCAGGGUCCAGGUCCUUUCUCCUCACUUCAUCCCCCAGCCCCUGGGAGCCCUUCUUCCCCUUUAUGGGGCUCCCCCCAGCUGGUGCCCAAGAGGGCUCCUCUACAAUGUCUAGGCUCCCUUCUCUCAUCUUCCAGGGAGCACCCCCUCACUUCGGGCAGAUGGUGGAGUCAAGGGUGGGCAACACACUUUUAACUCAUUGUUUCUCGCAUGGCCGACUAGGGUGGAGACAGGAUGUCCCCAUUCCGGCCCUGCUUCAGGGCUGAACUGGGGAGCCCCUCUCCCUGGGAACUCCCAGAGGAAACUCUUGACCCCCAGGGGCUCCCUGAAGGGCUUUUGUUACCAAAGGUGGGGUGGGGAUGGGGGUGGGAGUGGGGCGGAGGCCUUGUCUUCCUAUACUCCUGGGCUGGCCCACCUGCCUGCCACAUGCCCAUGCCUGAUCCCAUCUGGGCACCCCCCUUCCCUACUGGUCAUGCAGUGUCUGUAUAUAAGGACCUUGGAAUGAUGUCCCCAUUUCUGCCUGAUUUGCAACUUUUCUUGUUGAUGUUGUGUUGUCUUGGGGGACCCCUCGGAGGGGGGGCUGCCCUGUGCCCCCUCCUCCCUGCCGCAGUGCCCCCCACCCCAGGCCUCUACUGUUCCAUGUUGUAAAUACCCCUGGGGCCGUAGUGGGAUGGGGGUGCAGGC